AUCCCACAACCAACAACACUCUUUUACAAGGAAACUGAUUUGCUUUUGUCCAUGAACACUGGUGUAUGCACAUUUAUGUGACACAAAUUUCAGAAUAUAGUUAUGUCUAGUGUAUAACUGUGGAGUUUUAUUUAUCACUAACAAGCAGGAAGGGUUGGACUAAAGUUUUCUCCUCCUGUGGGGAAUGUCUUUUUAAAAGAAAACACAGGAAAAAACAUGUCAAAAAAGCAAGUUCAGUUGUAUCUAGUUGGCAAAAGAUUGUUGGCAUCAGUAAUUGAAUUGCAUAAAUGAGGGACUAUGCAGUCUGGCCCCAUGUUUCCAUUCCAAUACCAAAUUAGCGUGUUUGGAAAAAAAUUGAGUUUGUUCUUUAAGCCAAUAUUGCCACCAGCUGUCCUAGUUCUUCUUCACAGUUUUUUUCCACACUUCUCUUAUCUUAUUUUUAUGUCGUUUCUUUUCCAAUUGUGAGCCUUGGAAUUUCUGAAAUGAAGUUUGCUCCUUGGGAGCCUUUGCAGUUGCUCUGUGCAUUGGUGCUCUUUCUGUGUCCCCUUGCAGGUGUCUGUCCCCAGGAUCCCUGGGGCUUCCAAGCCUCCUACUAGAGAACUGGGAGCUGUGUCCUAGUUACACCUGCUGCAUUUGAAAGUAGGUUUCCAGCUCCAGCACCUCCAGAAGCCUGCCAGGAAACAGGGAUUAAUUCAGUUGGAUCCUAUAAAUUAUUCCAUAGAAACCCAAACCAAGAAGCUGGAAAAAUAUUUAAUGAAUAGACACUAAUUCAUGAUUCUGACAAAUUUCUUUCCUUUGAAAUUUUUCAAACACUUCUAAACUGUCCUUUUGUAGUUUUCUACGUUCAUCCUCUAUGUAUCGGGAGUGGUUUCAUAAGCUUUACUGAGACUCUUCUGUGAGUACAGUAUGUGAUUUGCAAAGGAUUAAAAUUUUAGGAAAUCUGUUUCUAAAUAACAAAUUAAUAGACUAUAGUUUUAGAAGAGAGAAGCUAACAAUAAUUUUUCAGUGUUAGACAUACAGUAGAUUUUUUACAAUCCUUGAUAUUACAAUGAGGGCUAGAGUGCAAAUAAAUUAUUUUUCUCCCUCAUACCUGCUUAAAUACAAUCCAAAGAAUAUCUGGAUUUAAAAUGCAUAUUUUUUUAGAAGAAGAUUUUAUUUCUCAAAACAUGCUUUAUAAAUAAUAAUUUUAAAAUAGAUGUUGAGCUUUAGAAGGAGUCUCAAAGCAUUAGAAAUGCAGGUUUGAACAGUAUUUGAAAACUCAAGUCCUAUAAAUCAAGCUUAAUCGAGUACUCAUCUUUGCAAAAACAGGACUCUUCACCCAUGAAUUUUUUUGUCUUCAUUUAGUUAUUAAAAAUGUCAAUAUUAUAAAUGUUAGAAAUUUCCAGAUAGUAAUUUUAACUGUCACCACUACCAUUUGCUUUGUAAAAGAUUUUUUCCCUAAAGCUUUUUUCUUGUAAUUAUUUUAAGUACCAGUAAAUGACUAAUUUGUGGCAGAAGAUUCCGCUGGGUUUUGCAAUGUGAUUUCAUACUCUGAUAACUUUAAAAUACAUGUUAGAAUUAACAAUUCCACCUUUCUGCUAAAUAGCAGAUCUACCUUUGUCUGGAUGACCACAGUGUGGUUGACAGUCGCUGCUAUUUAAGAUUUUACUGUGAUUAAUAGAGAGAAACUAGUUGAAAAUCUGAAGGUGGAAAGCAAUUGAGAUUAAAGUUACCACGAGACAAGAGAGUUCAUGAUUGAAAGGAAAGAAAGGGAUGAGAGAAGCAGAAUAACAACAGUGGUCUUCAAAAAAAAGCAAACUUCAAUAAAUUUGAGGAACUAGUAUAUAAGGUACCAAGGGAAGGAAUUCUAAAGCAAAUAGAAGUUCAGGAGGGCUGAGAGUUUCUAAAAAGAGGUUUCUAAAACAGACCGCAUUAAGUAUAACAAUCUAUCUUCAUGCAAAGGAAAGAAAACUGACAGAGCAGUGUGGCAGCAUUAGGGGCUCAUCAAUGACCUGAAAAAAAAUCAAAAAAGAAUACUGAAAAGAGUAGGAACAAGAAGACUGCAUUGACAAGAACAAAUAUAAAAGAACAGCACAGCAGGUUAGGAACAAAACUGGACAGAUAAAAUGCUAUUGCCACCAAAGGAAAAGUGAAACAGUAAAACUGGAUUCUUAAAUAAUUUUCUAUUAUACAAUAACAGUUCUCUGCUUACUAGGAGAGCUGAAUAAAUAUCAGAUGGUGCAAAAGCCUGAAGUGCUUGCUAUUUCACUCCCCUCUGAACAGUGCAUAUUAUGAUCAAAGUUAGCCAGGAAACAGGAAUGCAGGUCAGAAUGGGAGACUGUCAGACUAAUUAGAUGUAUGAGAACAUUAAAUUCUGAUUCAGUCUGUUCUAUAAUAAUGAGCAAAAAUUAAAUAAUCUUGGGUCCACCUGACCUGAUUAUAUAUUAGGUCACUAAGAUCCAGAUGAUGAUACUGUGGGUACACAGCUAGUUAAUACGUUAUUUCAAAGGGUAAAUACCAGUGCUUGAUAAACUGUGAAGAUAAACUGAGCAGGGUGGGUGGGGCUAUCCAUAUGUUAUGAGCAAAAAGCAGGUACAGAUCCCUCAGAGAUGAAACACAAGUCUCAUUAAGUAAAAGCUUUGGGUUUAUCAAAAGCAUAGCAUUACCACAGUGGGAACCCUGGGGCACUGACACUGAUCGAAUGGGAACUCAAUGCAGUGGACCCCUGCUCAGGAGUGGUGCUCAAGGAAAAGCACCUCAGAGGUGGGUAGUAAAACUUGUGCUGAUUAAUAUAUACAUAUGCCAUGUCCUGUUUUGCUCAUUAGCAAACUGAUGUAGUGCAGGUGCUGUUGUCUGAGUUCCAAGAUCCACAGCUGACCUUCAGCUUGGCAGCUGUGCAAGGGUUUGUGCUGGGCUGAGGGAAAGCGAACUAUCCUGGCUUAUCGUAAUGAGAUAAAAUGUGCUUGGGACUCUACAUAUUGUGAUGGAAAGAAGUGAACUAUUCCAUGUUACAGUCACAACAUGAUAAGACGUGCUUGGGACUCUGCAUACUGGGAUGGGGGAGGCAAACUAUCCUGGGUUACUGUAACAAAGUCUUCUCACGCCCUAUCAUUACAGGUGGGGCCUGGAUCCAAUUGUGUCUGGGAUUUCUACUGAUGAAAUCCAGCAUACUUACACAACACACAGGAUUAGAACUCACAAUAAUCGUGAUGAUGGUUUAAAUUUAAGCUCUAAGUCCUACAUUUCUGAAGGAUAAAAAUGAAAUUAUAAAUAACUGCAGAACUUCAGAAAAAAUCUCUGGGGACCAUAAUAGAUCACAAACUGAACAUGAAUCUGUGUGUAAAGUUUUCAAAAGGAAAAAAAAAAAAGAGGGAAAGCCAAAGGUGUCCUAUAAGAGAGUCAUAUAUGACAGAAGGUAAUUAUUUUUUCUCUGGCACUGGUGAAGCAUCAACAUGAAUACUUUACCGUUUAGGCACUGCACUUAAGAUACAUACAGGCAACAUGAAAGAGAACAGAGGACCAUAAUAAAAAUAUGUUUAAAAACAUAAACAGAGAAAGCCUGAAAGAACUGGACUUAUGUAGACAAGAUUAGAUUGAGCAGGACUGUGUGUGAAAUGUUACUGUAAAAAGUUGUAGUAGCUACAGACAGAUGGAGUUUUCUCCAUGCUCUGUGAAGCUUAAGUGAGGCAGUAUUAAUUUUGAAGGAAGGUUUCAGUUUUUACAUUGGAAAGAUUCAUGUGAAGCACUGGAACAGGUUGCUGAUCUGUAAUACGCCUGUAGUAUCCCCUUUCCUAUAAAUUUGUUAGAACAGAUCAGAUAAAACUGUAGUGAGUGCCUAGGCCCACUUGGUCCUGUCCCUGGGAAGGGACAGUGGCUCAGCACUGAUCUUCAGUCACUCUAUAUUCUCGCUAAAGUAGAUUAGACAUAAAAUUUGAACACCUGCAAUCAGAGAAUGCUAUUAAUUUGAUUAUUAAUUUCAUUGUAUAACAGUUACUUUAAUUUUCAAAGUUUUAUUUGUAUUUUUCCACUGAUACAUAGCAAAAGAGUAGGUGUUGCUAGGGCGUGCAUUACUUGAACUUAUGUAAAACAUGUUGCAGAGGAAUACUGAAUUUGCAUUAUAUACGUAUAUUAAUGCAGUGGAAAAGUGAUGAUUUCUAAAAGCAGCAGAGGAGUAAAAGCCUACCAUGCACAUCCCUGUGUUGGGGAGAGUGGAAAGCAAGUCUCAUCAGUUGCCUUAUCUGCCAAGAACUGAGUCAUCAUCCCUGUAAGUAUUUAAAAGAUGUGUAGAUGGCGGUGCUUAGGGACAUGGUUUAGUGGUGGACUUGGCAGUGUUAGGUUUCCGGUUAACCUCGGUGGUCUUAAAGGUCUUUUCCAACCUAAAUGAUUCUCUGAUUCUACCACUGCCUCAGCUAAACUUCUGUAACUUUUUUCCCUAUGUGUAGCAGUUUCCUGGAUGCGAAGUCUUGAUAUAACCAGGAGAUGGCACGAGAGACCCUUGCAGGCUUCUAAAUGUACAUGCCGCACUAUGAGCAAAGGUACUGUGGAAAACGUUCUGCCUGAAUUCUGCCCAUUAGAAACAGGCAAACACGAAAUGGCAGAGAUUUUUUUAAUUCCAUUUUUAAACCAAACGUGUUUACAUUCAGCUGCUUCUUUCUUUUGAAGAAAUGCAUGCGUAAGCAACUUUAUAAAUUAAAAUCUUAAUUACUUUCUGUUGGUGUGUAAUGCAUCCAUUUGCGUAAAACCUGUCAAAGGAAGUACACUGUAUUGGUUGGAGCAAAUGUAGACAUUGAAUUACACGUUAUAGGGACAGUGUUAAUCAGCUUACUAGAUUCCUGUCCUCACUCCCUGUAGCCCACUUUUUCCCUUGUCAGUAAAGUGACAGAGGAUGUCAGGAUGAGUGCUCCCUGUUCUAGGGUGCAGUGAAGGCAGACAGCAUCAUUUGUGCUCUGUUGCUACAGUUCUGCAUCUUCUCUUCCUCAGCUGUGAGUAAUAUUUGCAGGAUACUUGAUGCAAGUGACUGAAAGAAAACAGGAAGAAACAGUGUAGAGUGAGGAACACAGAAGAGGGGAAGAAAUAACUAGAAACAGGAAACAGAAGAGCCUUGAAGUCAGAAAAAAAUGUAACUUUUUUUUUUUUUUCCAUUUAAUUUGAACAAACUGGUUUUGGAGCAGUACAAAGAUCUUAUUUAUAUUAGGUGCAAGUUAAGGGAAGGAAGAGUCAGUAAAAUACUUUCACGGCUGGGACCAAUGCAUUUCAGAGCAGCAUCGUAUGGCACAGACCAGGAUGAGCACAGAGGGUGAUAGAUGACCCAGGGUUGCCAGCUGUGAUAGCUCAUUCUCCUGCUGACUCGUCAUGCUCAAAUGCCAACUCUAAAAUCAAGGUAAUAAAAAAAAAUUGAGUCAUUCUUUAAUAGCUUAAAGUGAAAAAUUACUUUCAAUAAUAAUAAAUGCUUUAGUCAUAGUAUAGCUACAUUUCUUUAGAAGGUAUUUGUGGGAAACAAAAACUAAAAAUAAUGGAACAUUUCUGAUUUAAUGCAUUCUCAGUUUUAUGUUUAGUAGGUUGUUAAAUGUAAUUUUAGAAGUAACUAUCAUGAAAAAAUUUAUCCUUCAGCAAAGACUGACAGAGAAAGGGGUCUUGAUCUAAAAUGUGUAGUAAGCCUCUGUUAGGUUUUGAAAAGAUUUCAGAGUGUCUUCAGAGUGUCUAAGUGUGACAUUUUGUGGUCUUGGUCAGAUUAUUAGUCCAAGUGAUCUGAACAAUUACUAAAACCAGUGGGGUUUAUGUGAAUUUGCAUAUGCACAUUAUUCUCUGUAGGUGUACCUCAUAUCCCUACAUAAUACACAUUUUUAAUGAAAUCCAGAUCCUAAAGCAUAUUUAUGCGCCUAACAAUUAAUUCCUAUCUACUUUGGAAAAUAAAACCCCUUCUAAAGCCUUUUUUCAUGCUGCUUCCUUUCAACAAAUAGUUUUUAAACUCUGAUUACUACUGAUGAACCUUGCUUCUGUAACGACAGCGGUACAUGUUUUAAAUGUUGUCCUGAUUCAUACUGACUUUGACUUCCUUAUUUAAUAAGCUUAAAUUUGGGUAAGAAACUAUUAAAAACAUAACAUGUGUUUUCUUUCUUAAUAUUUACAGCAGCUCUCUGCAGAAUGUAUAUUUUUUAAAACAUUUCACUGAUUCUACUUAGCAGCUGGUAAUAGCCUUAUGGUAAGGAGCCAUGGGAGCUCUUAGCAUUUUGAGUGCUGUGUUGAUUUAGAUCAAUUCCAAGCAUGAUGAGACAUUUAAUUUUCCUCUAUGUAUCAUCACUCUGUUUAAUCCAAGCUUUCCUGGUAUUUCUGCGCAUAUGGUCUUUUCAUUCCUCAUGGAAAAGUAGCUCUUAUUUCUGUCAAAGAGGAAAGAUUAUAAUAAUUGAUAAUGAAGAGAUUGGUUAGAGGCCAUUUGUAAUGCUUUUAAGUCCUAAAGGGUAGUUUCUCAGAAGUUACAAUGAUUGGAUAAACAUGCCACGAUAAAGACCAUAUAAAUUGUAUAGCAGAUGCCAGCAGCCCUUGCUUCACUUGGCAGAUCUCCACAGGAAAUAAAUGUGCAUGUCCACAGAUGGAUCUACGUCCUUCUGUGUGUCAUAAGCUGCCCUUUUAAGUGUCUGCAUUGCGUCACCACCAAGCUACUCCCAAGGACCACGCGUUCACUCUAGUUUCACCCUCCACUGUUAUAAGAAAGGGUCACCUUCUAUUUCAAAAUGACAGUCCUCUUCUUUGAUCUUGUGUACCCCCACUGCAGCAAGGCCAAGUGGUGGCAGUUUUCUCCAGUACCUGUGGGGAACCCAAGGCAGCCCUCAGCUACUCUCUCCUCAGUUCCUUCAAAGCUUCAUUAGGGAAGGGGAUAUCUCAGAGCACAGUCCUGCCCCUCUGCAGGGCUCCGAGCUGGCUUACUAGGGCAGAGCUGGCCUUUGGGGUGGAAGAUGUGGUGCAACAGUUUUAAUGGUUCUCAAAGGCUGAGCUAUUAUCCCAAAAUAUAUCUGUUAUAAACUGCCCAGUAAGCAUCCAAGCAGGACUAGCUAGUUCUGCAGAACAUCCUCAGCCUGAAACCACUGUUGUGUGUGUGCUUUUCUGUGGUGAUACUUUGUGUAUAAGGACCAUUAUCUUUAUCCCAUCCUACCCAUCCCAGCUAGACAUCUAUAAAGCCACUUUAAAUGCAGCUGCAGCUCACAAGAAAUAUGGGGGUCAGUGUCAAGUGACAAAUCUCAACUCAUUUUCAUUCCCCUGGAUGCUAAAAUGUUCACUUCUAUAUCACCUCCCACAGAAUGGCCUGGCCCAGCCUGGCUUGGCAUUUGGCAUUAUGAUCCUCAGUCUCCUGUGGUCUUCAGAAAGCUGAUGGCCUUUAUUUUCAUUGAGAAGGUUCUGACUCCCCAAAGAGGGCAACUGUGUAUUGUACAGACAUCUGCAUAAAAUAUUGUCAUUAUCUUCAGUAAAUGGAUUUUCAAAUUUCUGCUAGUGGCAGUCAUGUUGGUAUGUCUGGGCUCUUUGUCUCUACCUGCUUGUAGCAGCAGAGUGAAGGUCCUGUUUGUUCCUGCUCUUCCCUGAGAAAUUCCUGAGGACUUUAGCAUGAGCAUGUUUACAGCCCAGUGACAAUAUCACUUGAUUUUAAACAUAGCAUUUCUGCUUAAUAGUUUAGCAGGAGGUUUUCAAACAAACACUUAAUGAAUAAUACAUAGAAAUAGAAUGAAGGCAGCUUAAGAAUUUUAGAUAAAAUUAAGCUAGCAGCUGUUAAAUAUUGUGGCAGUCAUUACAUCCAGAAGUCAUCUGCCAUCUAUCCAUGAUAUUUCUACAUUUUAUCUAUAAUGGAAAUGAGAUUUAGUUUAACCUUGUCACAACAUGAUCAGUUUGUGUAUCUGAGAGCUCAACAUUUGACACCAUCUUUCAGCUGUGGCAUUUGCCUCAAUACAACGCAAUUAAUAAACCAGCAGUGUAUAAACAUGUAAUUUGCAGCUCAGAUGGUAAAAAAUGUCUUAAAAUCUGUAAAGAAACUAUGCAACAGAUGUAUCAGUGGAUGCUAAAACCCGAGAUUUUCUAUCUUUUAGAGCACCAUCGUAUGUCAUCUAUUCUUUUUGUCUUAUCCAACAGCUUGCCAAGUACCUUUAUUUGUUGACAUAAAAUAAAGCUACAAGAAUAACAUAAUAUAGAUAGUUUUAUACUUUAAAAAAUAUUUUUAUAUAGAUAUAGAGGUAUAUAUGUUAUAUAUAAGUAUGUAAGCAGCAUGUAAGUAUGUUUUUUAUAUGUAUAUAUAAUACGUAGGGACUAAGAAUGGAAAUAAUUCUGGGCACAAGGGACAUAUUUAUCUCUUUGGGAUGGGAUCUUGCCUCACCCGUGAGGCAGAAUGCUGUUAAAGUAAGCAGAGGUAUUUAAAUCAAGAAGGAAGCUUGCAGGAAAGUUACGCUUCCUUUUUCUGAUCUUUAUGAGAAUUUAGUCAUUGCAAAGGAGGUCUGGCAGGAUUCUUCAGGCAGGUGGUGGCACUAGUAUUCCCAGUUCUGAUUGAAGAGACUGCAGCCAGGCCACAUGUUAAGUGCAGCCAUCUCAAGGGGACUUGUCAUUUAUGAACUUGGUUAACAGAGCAGAUUCCUGUAUGUCUCCUCUCCAUCUCCUGCCUGCUUGGUCUGCUCUGUGAAAUGUGUUGGCACCAGAACUGGCUAAUACGUAAAUGCUUAGAAGUUCUGGUAUUCUAAAAUAUUUCCUUCGAUUUGUGGUGGAGUAGUCUUCACAAUUAUCUAAUGAAAAUUACAAUUAAGAACCUGUGCAUGGAAUAUUCUGAGAUUGGAAAAGGAGAGGGAUUUUUGUAUAAAUGAGAGGAAAUUUAAAACAAGUCUUGUACAGUUUGGCCAAGUAAACUUUCUAAAUUUUCCAAUGUUAACCAGAAAAUGCUUGGGAAGGAUAGGUGGAUGGAGUUUUUAGUCAUUAGAUAUCAGAUACUUUCAUACAGUGAAAAGAUACAAAUAUAUAUGUCCUGCAGGGCUUUGUCCAUGUUGGAGAUGUUUCUGAGCUUCUUUAGGUAUGUCACAGAUGUAUAGGAGGCAUUAAUGCUUGAACUUUUGUUUAGACAUUUUUAUGCCAGUUCCCUUAGUUUCCUCCUUAAAGCUUGUUUAGUAGGCUCAGGCUAUUGCUGCAGUGCAGGCUGCAAUGUCAAUCCCUACCUACACAGGCCAAAAACAAAGGUUCUAGAUCAGUUAUUAGCCACCUUUAAAUAAAGGUGACAACAGCGUUUGUAUUUUUGUUGGGCAGAGACAAACUCUUGACCAGUGGCAUCACUGGUAGAACAGAGAAGAACUUUAACCAUGCCAUGAGAAUGAACAAGAAAGGGGAGACAGAACUUAGAAGGGGCUUACAAGUCAAACUUGAAAAUAGUUCAAUGAAACAAUUUUCUAGUAAGCAGAAAAUGGUAAGAUUUUGUGAUGGAUGGAUAUAGCAAGUUGAAAUGUUGACUUUAGAAAAGGAUAGAUCAAGACGAUUUGAGUAAAACUUUUUACUGGAUUAAUAUAAAGGAAAAGAUACAUCUUUGCAAGAUUAAAAUUGAAUAUGUUGAAAGAUUUAGAUAUACACUAAGCAGGAGGGGUUCAGUCUUCAAGCCUCUACCUCACUGACAGUUUAAGAAAUAGGUAGAAUCAUGGUUACAUUAACUGUCAUUGCAGACAAAGUGAAUGCUGAAAAAUCCAGCAGGGAGUGGCAGAAUAUCAGAGCCAUUCACAGGGUAAAGGGACAGUAGAGCACUGGGUUUGUGUGCAGGGGGUAAAGGCUGAGUGUAAAGCCAAAAACAGUAACAAGCACAGACAAAUCAGACAUGCAGUUGUGAUUUCUGGAGGCAGACUUAUGCCAGGCAGGAGUGUGACAGGAGUUAUCACUGGUGCAGUUGUCCCACUCUGUUCUUGCACAGAAGAGAAUGGUAAGGGGAGAGAAUUAAUGGUUAACCUUACAGUGAAAAACUGCCUAUAAAGCACCAGGAACCUUUUGUAAAUAUACUACAGAGGCAUUAGUGCAUCAGCCAAGUGUUCCUGGUGUACACAAAACCGAAGGAUGUAUGGGAACACUUCUGAAAGACGUGCAUAAGGUAGUAAGAGUAAAGACAGGGAGAGUAAGAUAACAGAGAAACCUGUGUGACCUGCACAGCUUGCAAGACAUCUGGGAGGAGAUAUGUGACACGAUUCCUGUAACCUCAGCAGAAGUCUCAGCAGAGUGUUAAUUCUAAGGCAAUAAUAGUCUUUUUUGGAUUAUUUUCUAACAUACUUUAUAUAAGCAGCCAAGAGCUGGCCCAUUGCUACAACUGAACAGCCUUUAACAUUCUUCUCCAAGCUCCUCACGCUGUGCUUGGUACUUAUAACCUGAUGCUGCAGGCUCAGGAUAAUGCAAUGACUGAGUUUAUCCAUUUGCGUGCCUCAGGCUGUCUCGGGAACACAGUGCUCGACCCAGAGAGGCGCAGGCUCAGGAAGAUCGGUUUGGACAGUGGAUCUUCUGCCUGAAAAUCAAUGAAAAAGCCAGCUCUAGGGGAAGAGGGAUAGGGAGCAGCAGCGUCCCCUCUCCCGCCAGCGUCUGGGGAUGGUCCCAGUGGGCUCCCCCGGGGGUGCAUUCCCCAGCGCCGUUUGAGGCCGCUCAACUCUAUAAAUGCCAUUUGCAUCGGGAUAGGAUGUAACAAGAGCUGUAAAUCACUGACGGCGGAGUGAACUCUUCAGGGGCAGACACAGCGGAGCCGAGCCUUCGCUAGCUGUGGCAAUGUGUGAACGGUAUCUUUUGUUGGGGGGGAGGACUGAUGGCAAUUAGAUGAUACUUAUCUGGCCCUUUGAUGUGUAUUUACACAAACAACGUUUUCCUCCGGGAGCUGCGGUAUAAAGGAGGAGCCGGUGUCCCCUGCACCCUCCUUCUCGGCAUCUCUGAAACAAAGCAGGAUGACCAAGGCCCCUUUCUCUGUGGAGUGGUUGUCGCAGAGCAGCCAGGCCCUCAAGAGCCCCACCGAGGGCUCCCCGCACCGAGCAUCCUCCACGAGCCACCGGCCCAGCUUUCGCCUCAGCCCCUCCUUGAGCGAGCGGAGCAAGGAGCAGUCCGCCGGCCCGCGGGCCGGAAGAGGCGGCAGGAGCAAGGAGCGCUUGACGGCCACCCCCGCUGCAGGAGCAGGCGGGCGGCCGUGGGGAGCGGAGCAGCCCCCGCCGGAGGGAGGUCCCGAGUGCUCGGGCCCCGAGGAGCCCGGCGGCAGGGGCGGCCGGCGGCUGCGCACGGCGUUCAGCGCCGAACAGCUCAGCACCCUGGAGAGCUCCUUCCAGCGGCAGCAGUACCUGGGGGCCGCCGAGCGCCGUCGGCUGGCGGGCAGGAUGCGGCUCUCGGAGGUGCAGAUCAAGACCUGGUUUCAGAACCGUCGGAUGAAGCUCAAGCGGCAGCUGCAGGAGCUGAGGACGGAGCCUUUCUGCAGCCCAUCUCUCCCUUACGGACCUCAGAGUGGUGUUGUGUCCUUGCCGCUCACGUACAUGGCCCAGCCCCCGCCUCUGGCCCAGCAAGAGGCUGCCUCUGGGGGCUUCACCUUGGCGGCACUGCCAGCACCCACUCUGGACCUCAGCAGCGCCUGCAGAGCACAGCCUGUGGGCUUUUGGGGCGCACCCUGCUUUGUAGGGUACAGAGAUCCCAGAGCUUUCUUGCUGGGUGUCUGACCCUCUAUAUGGACUAUGACUAAGGAGGAUUUGCACUAACAAUAACCAUCAGGGCUGCCCUUGUCUAUAACUGCCUGGUGGAGUUAUGAUGCAGCACUGAGCAAAAUAUUUUACAGAGACACAGUGGAAAAUCUGGAUCCUGGACUUCAUGCCCCUGCAUUUAUAGGCAACUGUAUAAAAUAGAAAUACAACACAAGACAAACAUUAAUAUAAAUGGAAUCUUUUAAUAAACCUAAACUUUUUCCAUCUUUCAUGUGAAUUCCUUCCACAAAGAUUGUAAAGCUAUUUAUCCUUCCAUAAAAGAGAGUUCCUCUUCAUUAAGGGAAGCAUAGGCUCAUUUUCUAGAUCUCUUCUGGCAUCCUGCAAUUUACUCAGGGUAAGUGCAAAACGUGCAUUUCACCCUGUCCUCUAAAGCAGGUAUCCAACCCCUUCAGCUGCUUUCCAGGUGACACUUUUUCUGAUGGAACUGUGCUUUUAACCAAAUAUGUGCAUGCACCUGUUACUAAUACUUAAUACUGGUUUUGCUAUAGCAGCAGAAGAGGUGCUUUCUGUUGCAGCCUUUAAAAGAACAUAUAGAAUAUGAUUUUAAGAUCCAAACCAUUAUUUUCUAAAUAAAUAUGUAAAUACAUCUUCACACUCAUGUGUAGCCUCAGUAGAUUAGUGAGGACCUCUUGCCUAAACAGAUACUGGGAAGGAUCUAGACUUGAAAUUUCUUAUCAACUAAAAAGUCUCAACAAAAUAGUAUUGCGGCAUCUCACAUGUACCUAAUGGUGUACAAGGGUGAUUAUCGAAAGAAAUACAACAUUCCAAAGCUGGUUUUCCCUAAACGACAAUAAAGUUUGUUAGUGUUCUGCUAUGCACUUUUAAAAAUUUGAAUAAUGCUCCAGAAAACAUAAGAUCGAAAUGGUUUGAUUUCAGGCUAGAAAAACAGCUCUGAGAAAUGAUCCUUGAAUGAUGUAAGUUGCCAUAAAUCUUUCAAAGUCAGUUGUUAACUAACAUGAAAAGAGCAAUAAAAAUUUCCAUCACUUUAGAGAUGAUCUUUGUGGUUACUAGAAGACUUCCUGUGCACUUGUAAUCUGGGAUGUCAUAAUGAGUGAUCUGAAGGUUCUCUGUCACUCAUCCUUGAACACACUUAUUUUCUUUUGUAUACAGGGCCAUUCUGUGCCUUGGAUACACUGGCCUGGUAAAAAGCAACAUUGUGCAGCUGAAGGCUGUGGCCUUUGAUUAUCUGAGUGGCUGUCAUAUUUGAAAGUCUCAAUUAUUUUGUAACCCAUACUGCUUUUCUAGCCUUUUGAGAUAUUACAUUUGCUUGCAAUUGCACAAUUGAUGUGGUUCUAAUGCAACAGUUUCAGAAAACUAAUAAGGGUUCAGGUGCUAUCAGUCUUGCUGAGAUCUCUUCAGGAAUAAGAUGCAAUUUGGGAUUAAGGAAACUUCUUGAGAUGAGAGAAAAAUUCUAAUUGAAUGGAGGCUUAUUUCUCAAAGCCAGGUGUUACCAAAUGGCUAUAUUGAUUCAGAAAACAAAACAACAAACAGAAAAACACACACACAAAAAACCACAAACAAAAAAAAUCACAAACAACCGAAACACCAGCAACCUUCUGUGACUUUCAAACGUCACUAGAGGACAGGGAUGUGUCCAGGAAGAGGUCUGCAAUGGUGAAUACUUUCUCUAAAGGAGUGACAUUUUUAAAACAGCAAAAGAGUCAAGUUCAAUAAAUAUACAAUUUACCUAGGAAAAAAAAAAAAAAAGUCUUAAGCGUGAGACUCGAUUCGGCUAGCCCACUAGCCCAUUUUCAGGAAGUUAGUGGUAGAGGGGCUAGUUGAUGCCCUUAUAACUUUGUAUGGCCACAGGGAAAGAUGCUACCUCUCUUCCAGAUGCUUUGCUCAACCCGGAAAAAAAAAAAAAAAAAAAAAAAAAAAAAAAAGAACAGUCAAAAGCCCUUCGUGCUGCCAGAAGCCAGAUCGGGCGGUAUCGGGGUGGGGGGUGCACCCUUCAAGACGACCGGCCGGGCCCGGGGCUGCCCGCAGCCCUGCGGGAGCGCCCCAAACCCGGACCAAAUGGAGGGAGUGAAAGGGAAAGGGGAGGACGGGCACCACCGCAGCUGGGCCCGGGGGAAAUGAGAGAGAGAUGAAAGGGCUCAGGAGGACAGAAGGAGAACAAAGUGCUUCCACGCGCGGAGGGGAGCUGCUUCCGUGGGGACAGAGAGGCCCCCCACCCCGCGAAAGGUAGUAAGGGAACGACAGGAGCACACCUUAUAGGAGUCUGCGAACUUCCCGGGGGCAGCUCCGGCUGAGCCUUCUGUAGGGUGUCUGUCCCGUCCGCCCCCGCGGAUUUACCCUCCCAGCCCCGGAGCUGGUAACGCAGGCCCGGCGCCGCUGCAGCACCGGGCUCCUCGCAGUGGGCUGGCCGGGCUGAGCCGUGCGAUGGCAGCGCAGCCCAGAGCCGGCCUGACCCUGCGGCUACCGUCACCCGAGCACAGCUCGACGGAGGCCCAGCGGUGCUCAGAGGGUUGAGGGAGCAGUAUCCCCUCCGUGUAAAGGUUUAGAACAAGCCAGAGACAUCUGAGGCCGCCGCGACAGCAUGUAGU